AUGAAAUGUGUGACUACUGUGAAGUUUUCAGUGUUUGCUAAUAGUGAGCGGCGAACCACAUUUACUUCUUCGUGUGGGAUUCGUCAAGGUGACCCACUAUCACCAUAUUUGUUCUUUUUGGUUGCUGAUGUGCUCUCCAAUUUAAUCCAUCAAAGCCUUAUUUCCAAAGCGAUUUUUGGACUUCGGAUGCGCAGGACUUGCCCCCAGCUAUCACACCUUCUUUUUGCAGAUGAUGCCAUUAUGUUUUUCAAGGUUGAGCACUCCGAGGGUUUGAAGAUUUUGAACGUGCUAAGGGUCUACAGUGAAGCGCCUGGCCAAAUUCUAAAUUUUGAUAAGUCAGGAGCUUUUUUCUCUGCCAACACCUCAGUUAGUGAUCGCCAUGCUAUGUGCCUUUUAUUGGGUGUUUCUCAAGCCAAUCCUAGGGCCAAAUACCUGGGCCUCCCAGCCUCAUGGGGCAAAUCUAAGACCGAAGCAUAUAGUUUUCUUCUUGAAAAAGCUUUGCUGAAGUUACAAGGGUGGAAGUCCAAUUUGUUAUCCUUAGCGGGUAAGGAGAUUCUCAUCAAGGCAGUUGUUCAAGCUAUCCCAUCUUAUGCAAUGGCAUGUUUUGAGCUCCCUCAAGCUAUUUGCUCCAAACUCAACAGUUUUCUUCGUAAUUUUUGGUGGAAGGGAGACCCAGAAAACAGGGGUUUCAAAAUCCUUUCACCGAAGCCUCCCCACUGCGAAGUUUCGAUGGUGUCUGACUUAAUCGACCCAACUCAUAAGUCUUGGCAUUUGACCACACUGUUGAACUGCCUUACCAUCGAGGAAGUUGAGGCCAUCUCAGUCAUACCCAUUGCGGUAGAAGGACGGGAUGAUUCUGUCAUAUGGCAUCCCAACAAGUUAGGCCUCUAUUCAGUUAAAUUGGGUUAUGCUCUGGCCAGAUCUCUUAGGGAACGAUCAUUAGAAAGCCCUCCUUCAUCCUCUCUAUCCCUUAUUGAUAAUAUGUGGAAGAUUAUUUGGGGCUUAGAAACUCCGCCCAAAAUUCGACACUUUUGGCACAGGUGUGGAUCUUCUGCGGUUUGCCCAAUCUGUCUCUCUGCUACUGAAACUGUCGAACAUCUGUUAUUUGAUUGCUCAUGGUCUAAGGCAGUGUGGUUUGGAAGCUCGCUCAAUCUUAGAAUUGAUCUUGGCUCGAUUCCCAAUGUGUCCCAGUGGACUAGUGAUAUCAUUAGCCAAGCCACCUCUACCUCUAGUGCACAAAAUCUUCUCAGUAAAAUUGCAACUGUUGGUUGGUUCAUUUGGAAAGUUAGGAAUGAGUUUGUCUUCAACAAUUUUCCAGUGGAUCCAUUGGCUACACUCCAUCGAAUUGCUCUUUUCUGGACUGAACAAGAAAACCUUCUUAGAGCUACAUCCAAUCGAGACCACAGGCCGACUUCACUGCCUUCUACUCCUGUUUCAGGCUGGUUUCCAACUCGCCAUGGUCAUUUCAAGAUCAAUUGCGAUGCCUCCUUCUGCCAGCGGAACUCCAUGGCUGCCAUUGCAACAGUUCUUAGAGAUUCCAAUGGACAUCUAAUUGACUGUAACGCCAGGACUAUUUCGGCCUCCUAA